AUGGCAAAUGACAUCAUUGAGAUUCUUUGCGCAGAGGGUGUUGAGAAGGUGGUAGGCGUGGCGCAUGAUUGGGGCUCCUUCCUCUUGUCACGCUUGGCAAACUAUCAUCCAGAGUAUUUUUCGGCUUAUGCUUUUAUUGACCACGGAUAUGCUGCACCUGGACGUAGUUUAAAUGUCGAGGCGAUACAACAUAUCAACAAUGCGGUUCAAUCCAAGCUUGGGUUCUCGAUUCUCGGCUACUUCCUAUUUUUCAAGGAUGUGGAUGCUCCAAAGCUCCUGAAUGAAAACUCUGCAUCCGUGGAAUCACUCUUCUUUACCACCGAUGAUAACAUUAGAAAGAAGUAUCAGGGCGCUCCUGGUGGUCUCCGCACCUGGUUGACCAAAGCCCCGACGGUGGAUUUGCCUGAAUAUUUGACACCAGAAGAUCACGAACAUUUCCAACGAACAUUUUCUGUCGAAAAUGGUGGCUAUGGCCCUGCCAGUAAUUGGUACAAGGCUGGUCUCUACAACAUCAAUGAAGAAGACGAAAGCGGAAUUCCCGCGACUCACCUCAAGCUAAUGCACCCGACUUUGCUAAUCGCGUCCACUAAUUACUUCAUCACUGUGACAAUUAAUUUCGCGGAACAGAUGCGGCUUCUGGUCCCUAAUCUUAGAGUCGAGACCGUGACUGGUGGGCAUUGGCUGCAAUUAGAGAGAGUGGAUGAAGUCAAUACGAUUCUGAACAACUUCCUGCUGGCGAGAGGUUCUUCCUGA